UCAGAGACUGCUACCAGCAUGGGACACUGUUCUGCAAUCGAAGCUCUUAUUUUCCAAAAAGGAGAAGAAGUCAAAAGCUGAUGGAUUUCAUCUCUGGGAUCUUUCUUCCGGUGCUUUUGGGCGGCCUGGGGGUCUUCGGUCUCUUCCGGUUGCUCAGGUGGAUCGAGGCAAGGGCCUACCUCAAGGAUGCAGUGGUAGUAAUCACAGGCGCGACUUCUGGGCUGGGGAAAGAGUGCGCCAAAGCUUUCCAUGCUGCGGGAUCCAAACUGGUGCUGUGUGGUCGAAAUGGAGAGAGGCUUCAGGAUGUUCUUCAGGAGCUAUCUACUGCUGCUGACCCCUCCAAAAAUGCCCAUAAACAUCACGCUGUGGUUUUUGACCUCUCGGACAUCAAAGCAGUCAUGAACGCUGCUAAGGAGAUUUUGAAGUGUGUGGAUCAUGUUGAUAUCUUAAUUAACAACGCUGGGAUCAGCUACCGAGGCACCAUAGUGGACACCGGGAUGGAGGUGGACAGAAAAGUGAUGGAAACGAACUACUUUGGUCCAAUUGCUUUGACAAAAGCCCUUUUGCCUUCCAUGAUCGAGAGAAGGAAAGGCCACAUCGUAACCAUCAGCAGCGUUCAAGGCAAAUUCGGCAUGCCCUUCCGCUCGGCGUAUGCAGCCUCGAAGCACGCAACCCAAGCCUUUUUUGACUGUUUACGCGCAGAAGUGGAGCAGUUCAACAUCGAAGUGACGGUUGUGUGUCCCGGCUACAUUCAGACGAACCUUUCACUUAACGCUGUCACGUCCGACGGAUCCCAGUAUGGAGUGAUAGACAAGACGACCAGCGAAGGCAUGGCAGCUGCAGCUGUGGCUCAGGAGCUCCUCCACGCCGUGGGGGAGAAGAAAAAAGAGGUCUUGGUGGCUGGUUUCCUGCCUUCCCUGGCAGUGUACUUCCGAUCGCUCUGCCCUGCACUCUUCUUCACCAUCAUGGCACGGAGAGCUCGCAAGGAAAAGAAGGUCAAGGGAUCCUAGCCCCACGUGGACCUGGCUGUGUCAAAUUGUGGACUCCAAACAGAAGCUCCUGGUUAUUGUAUCUUAGAUCAGUGGAGAACUGCGAGAGCUCUUAAUUUUACCCUUCUUUGCACUAAGAGCCAGAUUUGACCUAGGGCAGCAUUUCUCAACCUUGACAACUUGAAGAUGCUGGCUGGGGAAUUUUGGAGUUGAAGUCCACACAUCUUCAAGCUGCCAAAGUUGAGAAACACUGGUCUAGGGGCAACAGUCAUCACCAACUAAAAAUCUUCAGGCACCGCAGAACACUUUAUAUGUACAGUGCAAGAAAUCAAUUCUAAGAAGUUCAACUCAGAUUCAGGGAAAGGAAGCUGUAUGCUGACACGUUUCCCAAUUGGUCUUCAGAAGACAACAUGCUAUUAACGGCUCAAUAUUCUUGAGUUCUUUCUGAUAUCGCCUGUAUUUCAAGCUAUCUUUCACACUUAUUUUGUAAACAAGAGAGGAAAAAAGCGAGUUGUCCGCAAUAGGUAUUAAAAUAUUCCAAGCUAAAAAGAAUAGCGUGGAUGCGAUUCGUGGGAGACUUACAGGCAUUUAGUAUCCAAGAUAGAAAAGCUACUUCAUAUAUCACACUAAACCCUAAUGGAGUUUGUUUUGACUAGUAUGGUGUGCCAAACUCGCCCAGGGUUCAAUAAACUGUGACUUAACGCAAUG